AUGGCUACAACCACUAGUCACCUCUCCGGCCACUUUUACCGACCAAUUCUCACCGUCGUUGGAAGUAAUCGCCGGCAACUACAUGUAACCACUCGUUUCCUCUCUGUUCGACGGCGCAACGGGCUCCAGCGACGACUGAGUAUGAGUCUUCGAGUGAGCAACGAAAUGACGUCGACGGUGGACAUGAAAAAGCUCGUUGAUUUCUUAUACAAGGAUCUUCCUCACCUUUUCGAGGACCAAGGAAUCGAUCGGACAGCUUACGAUGAUCGUGUCAGAUUCAGAGACCCAAUCACUAAACACGACACUAUAACUGGAUAUCUCUUAAACAUUUCUCUCUUGAAGAAUCUAUUCACUCCUCAGUUUCAACUUCACUGGGCAAAACAGACAGGUCCAUACGAGAUAACAACAAGAUGGACUAUGGUAAUGAAGUUUUUGCUUUUACCAUGGAAACCAGAGCUUGUGUUCACAGGGACAUCAAUCAUGCUUGUUAAUCCAGAAACUAAGAAAUUUUGCAGCCAUCUGGACUUGUGGGACUCUAUCAAUAACAAUGAUUAUUUUUCCCUAGAAGGUCUUGUUGAUGUAUUUAAGCAGUUACGGGUAUAUAAAACGCCUGACUUGGAGACUCCAAAGUAUCAAAUACUGAAAAGAACAGCAAACUAUGAGGUCAGAAAGUAUGAGCCUUUCAUAGUAGUGGAGACAAACGGUGACAAGCUUUCUGGCUCUUCAGGUUUCAACAAUGUUGCUGGCUACAUAUUUGGGAAGAACUCGACGAUGGAGAAAAUACCAAUGACAACUCCAGUGUUUACUCACGCAACAGAUGCUCAACUCUCUGAUGUGUCAGUACAAAUUGUCAUUCCAUCAGGAAAAGAUCUCAGCAGCUUACCAAUGCCUAAUGAAGAGAAAAUAAACUUGAAGAAGUUGGAAGGUGGUUUUGCUGCGGUAGUGAAAUUCAGUGGGAAACCGACAGAGGAAGUUGUACGCGCAAAAGAGAAUGAACUGAGGAACAGUCUGAGUAAAGAUGGUCUUAAAGCUAAGAUGGGUUGUAUGCUUGCUCGUUACAAUGAUCCAGGACAAACAUGGAGCUUCAUAUUGAGGAACGAAGUUAUCAUAUGGCUUGAGGAAUUCAGUCUGGAUUAG